CAGAUCUACUAUCUAAUAGUUUAAUGAUUGCAGGUAUAGAUAUGGUAUUCCUGCAACAACAAGCAUAUCCUAGUGGUGACAUUGUUACACCAUUUACAACAGAUUUUAUUGAAGAUCGUGAAGGAUUUAUAGAUUCAAAUCCUACGUCACCGCAGACGACCAACAUGACGUCACCAUCUUCCCAUACAUUUUCAGGUUUGAAUCUUCAGGAGCUACCUGCACAUUAUGAUAUCCAAAACCCGUAUUACAAGUUGGACGUAGAUUUAAGAUCGAUGCCGUCAUUUAUACAUUCCCCCGGGGAUUCAGACCGCCGUGUAUGGUUCAGUGGUGACUCACUACGUGACCAGGUGGCUCCAAUGACUCCUAUCAUAGACUACCAUACACGAGACGCCGACCGAUGGGAAGACAUUGAGUUUUAAGCUUUGUAGCUGAUUAUCCUUAAGCUAAAGCUAAAGCUAAUAUAUGAAGAUUUAGUGUUUAAAUAUAUAGUCAAACACUUACAAAUCCCAUGAAAUACAUGUACAUUAAAUGUGUCAGACAUGCAUGAGAUGCAUGGAGAUCUUAAUCCGUUAAUAACGGAUCGGAAACAAAGUGUUAAAGAUAUUAAUGUAAAUAUAUUUGUUUGCAUAUAGAAUAUGAACCGUAGAUCGGAUUGUGAAUACUUCUUACACAUACCUCAAACUAUGUAUAAAGUUUUCUAAAGAUUUUAAGAUUUAUCCGGAGGGUAUAACGUUACUUUUAAGUGCUAUUGUUUUCUAUCACUAUUAAUAUAUGUGGUAUAAAAUCAUUAUUUGUUCUGAUGAUGUUUUGUUGAUGUUUUUUGUUUGUUUCUUUGUUUUUGUAUCUUUUGUGUGGUUAUUUGUAUUUUUGUGUCCUCAUUAUAGCAUAAUUAAUGCAAAUAAUUGAUCUACUUGUAUAUAAAACUCAACGGGAUUUAUGUAAAGCAAUUUCAUCUUUAGCCCCAUGAUUAAAGUCUCUGACUAUUGAAGAACACUUUUCCCUAACCGUUGUUGAUUCGAAUCCCAUAAUGGACUGUUAAUCU